AUGGACUCGCCAUGGGAAGAAGACCCAGAUCAUGGCGCAUUUCGAGACGCAGAGUGGUCAAAAAUAUCGUCUGAUUUCACAAAUGCAGGAUACCGAGAGGGCAUAACAGCAGGCAAAGAAUCCGCGUUACAAGAAGGUUUCGACGCUGGAUUUGCGGAUACCGGUGCUCCCAUUGGGCGGGAAAUUGGCAGAUUGCGAGGGAUAUCAGCAGCCAUUCUCGCAAUGGUCAAUUCUAGCGGAUCUGGGCAGGAUGAGUCGUCAGCUGCUGAAGCGCGAAAUAUCGCGGGCCAACUGGCCAAUCUUCGUUUUUCCGAUGUUGCACCACGCGAUUUAGAGGCUGAAGAACAUGCACGUCAGCACAUGGAAGCGAACGAUGAUCACGGAAUGGAGGUUGGAGAAGAGAUGGCCGAAAAGAGAGAGAUGGAAGGCAUCGAAGAUCUACUUGCCAAACUGACUGCUGGUAAAAACACAAAGGAUCCGGGGCGUCCGACUGUCGAAGACCUCAAAAGAUUGAGUGAAAGACUGCAGGCUUUGAACAGUCGUCACGAACGUCUCUUGACUGUCUUGACAUCGUUCGCCAUGUCCAAACUCCAAAAGGAUGCCGCUGCCUUCAAGUCCGCCUUACACCGACAGGAUUACAGUUCAUGGCACUCCAAACCUCGACCACUAGACUCUCAUCCAACAAGCUCGGCAGCAUCACCAGCGGCUUCAGCUUCAGCCUCAAUUGAGCCAGCUUCACCGUCUGAGGGUAAGAAGAAGAGACCAAAAUCGAAUAUUGUGUACUCUCAGCCAGCGGAUACGGGGACUGGCACGAAUGUGAACACGCAGCUGGUGUAUCUCGUGGAUUACCUCAGGGGAACACCAAAUCCACUACGGGUGGAAGAUCUUGCAAUUUAUACCCAAACGCCCGUGGAUGUCGACAUGGUGUUGCGCGAGAAGUUGAAGUCUCAUGAUAGAGUACAAGUAGACCCUAAGACUGGUCUUUUCUCCUACAAGCACGAAUACAAUUUCCGGAACAAAGCAGCGCUUCUUGUCGAGAUACAAAGACAAACUCGGAAAGGCAGCGGUAUAUCUGUUCGAGCGCUCAAAGAGUCAUGGAAGGAGGCACCAGCGGCGGUCGAGGAGUUGGAGAAAGAGGGAGAAGUGCUGGUCACACGGACAGUCAAAGAUGGGCAGCUGCGAAUGGUGUUCUGGAAUGAGAUAAAGCCGACAGAGGAAGCGGGUGGUAUGCAAGUUGAAAAAGAGUUCCUCGAUCUGUGGCACGAGUUGAAGGUGCCAACCGGAGCAGAUUUGUCAAAACAGUUGGCACACGAGGGUCUGCAGGUUACCGCUGCAGAAGCUAUUGCCCCCAAAGCUCCGAACACGAAGAAGAAGGGCAAACGUGGUGGUGCGCCACGCCAACGUCAAGCACGGAUCACAAAUACACAUUUGAAGGGGAUCGACCUGUCCAAAGACUAUGUCGCCCCUGGAAAAUGA